AUGUUCUGCCCAGGAGCUUUAUCUGUUUUAUUCUCUUGUAUGGUCCUCCUCAUUGUCCAGUCAAGUCAUGGCUCUGAGAUUAUUGGGGGGAAAGAGGUGGAGCCCCACUCGUUGCCUUUCAUGGCUCUGCUGGAGAGCAAAAUACCAGACUGUGGAGGGACACUAAUAAGUCCAAAAUGGGUCCUGACUGCUGCCCACUGUGCUGACAUUAAGAAGGUGUACCUGGGGGUGCACUCCAUCAAAGCAAAGGAAAAAGAUUCACGGCAGGUCCGAAAGGUGAAGCGCAGUUUUCCUCAUCCCUGCUAUGAUAAAGCAGAUAAGGUCAAUGACCUCAUGUUGCUCAAGCUUGACAAACCGGUGAAGCAAACCAAGAUGGUGAAAUGUCUCGGGUUCGAUAACACCAUCAGAGAACCAGCAGCGGGCACCAGCUGUCUGGUGGCUGGAUGGGGGAAAACAAACAAUGUUUCCAAUCAAAUGUCAGAUGUCCUGAGGUCUGUCAAUGUGACUGUGAUCGACAGAGUCAAGUGCAACUCUCCUGAAUAUUACGGCCUUAAGCCUGUUAUCACCAGUAGCAUGAUAUGUGCCGGUUCAGACGGUAAAAACAGUGCUGAUACCUGUCAGGGGGAUUCAGGAGGUCCACUGUUGUGCAAUGGAGCACUUGUCGGAGUCACAUCCUUUGGACGGAAGUGUGGCCUGAUUAAAAAGCCUGGAGUGUACGCUUUUCUUUCAGAAAAACAACUCAGCUGGAUCAAAAAUACAAUGAAGAAGUCUGAUAUAUAAUUAGCCCUCCCUGUUUAUUAUUCUGUGUUCUUGACCCAGUUAACCUCUUUAAACGCGUCUGUCUCUGUAUCUAUUGUUCAUGCUACAUUCACUUCAUCCUAAUUAGAUUAGAUGUAUAGAUAUAAUUAGGCAUUUAAAGAGCUUGGAGGGUGGUGUCUUUUUUUAGCCCUUUCAAAACUAAAAAUACAAGAGCAGAAAUGUUAGAGUAGUACACACGUGGCAGCAAGUCUCUGACAUGCAGUAACACCUAGAUGUGAAAAAAGUGGAGAGCACCCAUAGAGGAAGGUUGGGUGAUGGAAGGUAGCGUGGAUUUAUUUUCAUUAACCGUAGCUAAACUGUCUUGUAAAUAAUGACAA